AUGACAGACACAGAUAGAGAUAGACAUGAUAGGGACCGACAUGAUAGACAUGACAGGGACAGACAUGAUAGAGACAGCAGAGACAGAGGUGAUAGAGACAGACACGAUCGUGAUAGGGAUCGCGACAGAGAAAGAGAGAAAGAGAGAGAAAGAGAACGUGAGAGAGAUAGAGAUAGACACGAUAGCAGACAUCAUGAAAAGACCGACAAAGAUAGAGAGAGAGAGAGAUUCGAAAGAGAGCGAUCAAAGAAGUUGUACCCGAGCACAGCUUCAAAGUACGAACUGAAGGAGACCAUUGGCAAGGGUGGAAGUGGCACAGUCUACCGUGCCAUCUGUCUCCCCACCAAAGAGAUUGUAGCAAUCAAGAUUAUCGACUUGGAGCAUUGCAAGAAUAUAUCAUUAGACGAGCUUAGAAAAGAGAUCCAGGCAAUGAGCCUUUGUCAUCAUCCGAAUGUAGUAGCUUAUCAUACUAGCUUUGUUGAGAACGAAUCGUUGUGGGUGGUGAUGGACUACCUGUCAUCGGGCUCCUGCGCCGAUAUAAUGAAGUUUGCAUUCCCUCACGGCUUUGAAGAGUGCGUCAUCGCCACGAUAUUGCGCGAGACACUGAAAGCCAUUGCCUAUUUUCACAAGACUGGCCGAAUACACAGAGACAUCAAGGCGGGCAACAUCAUCAUCGACAACAAUGGAGACAUCAAGCUGUCGGACUUUGGUGUCAGCGCCACACUCGUCGACACUGGUGAUACCAGCAGGAACACAUUCGUCGGCACGCCGUGUUGGAUGGCGCCCGAGGUCAUGGAGCAGGUCAGCUACGACUACGCCGUCGACAUAUGGUCGCUGGGCAUCACCGCUCUGGAGCUCGCCAAGGGCCGCGCGCCCUUCUCAGAGUAUCCUCCCAUGAAGGUGCUGAUGCUUGCGCUGCAGAACCCGCCACCCCAGCUCGACGCCGAUGGCGAGUCCAAGUGGACACACUCCUUCAAAGACCUGGUGGAGCGCUGUCUGCAGAAGGACCCGGCCAAGCGUCCGCUGCCCUCCAAGCUGCUAGAGCACAAGUUCUUCAAGCACGUCAAGAAGCCCGAGUACAUCGUGCAGCACGUCAUCGCCAAGCUGCCACCCCUGGGCGAGCGUUACAAGAUGAUGUCACACGACUCCAACUUUGCAAUGCUUCGUAACACAUCGUCCGCACAGCUGAACAGCAUGGACACCAAUCCAAACGACGAGUGGAUCUUCCCCGAGACCAAGGAUGAGAGUGACAACUUUGGUCUCACAGGCACCGGUGCCAACAACACGCCAAUGCAGUCGCCCUUCAUGACGCCUAUGUCUACGCCCUCUGGCUCACCCAGCCACACACCCGUGCCCAGCAGGACGACCACGCCCACGCCCUCCACCCUGCACCCAUCGCAACAACAACAACCCAAUGCGCUCUCAAAGACAACGAACCUCCAUCCCGCCUCGACAGGCAAUGUGAUGAUGCACCAGCCCAACCCACUGUCACUGUCACAUCCACAUCCAAUCACAGCGACCAAUCCAAACAAACUGUCCGACGAAAUACCAAAGAUGGUCAACAACAAAGUCAUCAAUGGCAGCAGCAGCAUCAAUAGCAUUAGCAGCAGCACCAGCACAACCUCGACAACAUCAACGAGCAGUCCACAACAACAACAACUACAGCAACAACUCUCAACACCAGUACUGACGACCACAUCACCAAAGCUUACAUCAUCGGUGUCGCCGCAGGACUUGAUUGGCAGCGGCGGGGUGCAGUCACCCAUCCUGUCAACGUCCAAGUCGACAUCGCCCACGUCGGAGAAGGACAACCAAGGACCGAGCAUGCGCGCCAGCAGCAACGUGCUGAGCGUCCUUAAGAAGACCGACACCAUGUCGCGCCCGCCCACGCUGUCCGACAGCCUGUCUGACGCGUCGUCCACCACCAGCUCUGACGAGCACCACCGAUACUCCGACAAGGACAAGUCGAGCAAGUCCCGCCGAUCAAAGAAAGAUAAAUACAGAGACAAGGAGAGGAAGCGCGAUAAGAGCCGUGAGCGCGAGAGAGGUCGCGAACGCGAUAGAGACAGACACACCGAGCGCGAUAGAAGCCGCUCAAGGAGCCGAUCCAGAAGCAGACGAAGCGACCGCGAUCGCUCGAGAAGUCGUGACCGCUCCAGGAGUCGCGACCGCUCGAGAAGCCGCGAUCGCUCGAGAUCCCGCAGCACACACAGUCACCGAGACAGAGAAAGAUCCAGGACUAGAUCGAGGAGUCGUUCGUCCAGCAGGACAUCUCGACGCAACAAGAGCCGCGAGAGGAACAGAAGCAGGAACAGAAACAGAGGAGGCGGUCAUCGCGACAGGGACCGCGACGAGUCGUCCGACAGCGACAGAGAGAGACUGGCUUCAUCGUCGUCUUCCGUCAAGCACAAGUCGUCGUCAUCGUCUUCUUCAUCCAAGAGGAGAUCCACCGAGAAGAUCCAGAGCAAGCUGAUAAGACAGGCACAGCACAUCUCCUACCUCGAGGAGAAGAUCGCCUCGCUCACCAACUGGGUGACCACGCAGCAUCACAUGACACAACAUUCAAUCAACUCGCCACAGGACCCCGCAAUGAUCAAUCGUCUCCAGUCCCAAUUGGACACAUUGCACAGUGAGAACACACUGCUGCGCAGUGAGAACAAUCAACUCAAGAGUCUGGUGAGCAGUAGCAACAGUAUCUUUAGCCAACCAGGUAGUCCGCUGAAACAACAGCAGAAUCCACAAUCACCACAACAACAACAGCCACAAUAA